GUGACGUUACCUCUUGAAGACGUGACGUUAUACACUCUGGUUUACUCCGUCAACACUUUGUAGGUUUGACAUCAUAUCAAGAAAAAUGAACUCCAUCAUUUUAGUGCUUUUAAUACUUUGUUUAAAAGACAAUAUUUUUAAUGCUCAGCAGCCAGCGACGGACCGAUCUACUAUCCAGCAAACAAGUCCCUACCAUUCCAACGCAUCAACCACAUCAAGAAUAUCUCAACCAAAAAGAUAUUCAACAACACAGCCCGCACCCGAACGCCUCAAUGUAUUUGCAGUUGUACUCAUGUCAGUUUUAGGCCCGUUUUAUAUAUUAUGUUGCUUCUUCGUUGUAUGCUGUGGAGAAAGUGUUAAAAAGCUUAAAAGAAGGGUUGAACGUAGAAUUGAAAAUCGGAGGGUUGAACGUAGAAUUGAAAAUCGGAGGAAAAUAUUCAUCCUUCAGUCAAUCAUACGGCAGCUGCAAACAUCCCCACCUGCACCGUCCCUUGAAAGUGUCUUUAGAUCUGUAAUCGAAACACCUGGAGACAACACAUUGAGAUUGGUAUUCGCAGGCAUGUACUUUCAGGCUUUUCUUCAACAUCAACGUCCUCGUGUUGACAGAAAAAUGAGAAAAUUAUUUGAGACUAUUUGCACUGAGAUUAUUUCUCAAUCUGCAGGCAGUAUGCCCCCAUACACAGCACUUUCAGACGACAUUGCAAAAUAUCUCUGUGAGCCUCAAUCUUCCCCUGAGCCCGCAGUUAAUGAUCCGGCUGCCUACCUUAGUAGUUUAUUCCGUCGGCGUCAAUCUUACACUGAUACUGCAGCUAAUGCCUCGCCCCAACACUUACCACUAACAGCCAUUGUUGCAAAACAUCUCCGUCUGAUUCAAUCUAACCAUGAACCUACAGCUAAUGUGCGACCCCCAUACUCAACACUUACAGCCAACACUUCCCCUGAAACUGCAGCUAAUGAGCCGCCGCCAUACUCAAGACUUACAGCCAACACUUCCCCUGAAUCUGCAGCUAAUGAGCCGCCGCCGCCAUACUCAAAACUUACAGCCAACACUUCCCCUGAACCUGCAGCUAUUGAGCCGCCCCCAUUUACAACAAUUACAGCCAACACUAUAACUAACGAAUGUGUGUCGUCUACACCGCCUUCUGAAACUGCAGUUAAUGAACCAUCUGCAUCAAAUUCCGAUACAGGGACGGAUGAAGUUUUCGUGGUUUUGAUGUAAAACUACUUCAACUUAUACCAGGAAGUAUCUUGUGAUUAUUUGAACGAGGACGUAAACAUUACUUUAGCACCAACAGUGGCGUAGCGAAGGAGAGGGGGCGGGGGGUGCGGAGCGCAUCGGGUGACACCAUUUAGGGAUUUAGGGGGGUGACACCAAGGCAAAAAAUAGCAAAAUAUAUAGAGAAAAAUGAUAAUUCCGCUUAAGUGAUUAAUUCGAGUGUUAAAAAGUCUUUUAAGAGCAAAUUUGACAAAU